AUCUCGUGCAACUUUAGGUGGAAGUAAGGAUACAGGAUCCGUUCUCCUAUAGAUGCUCUCAUGAUAUAUGAUUUCUUUUGCGUUUCGGAAGCAUAGCAGAACCACGCUGCUUUGUGACGGUUUAAAUCCCACCACCAAAAAAGAAACCCGUUCUCUUUCGCGUUUUUGCUUUUUAAAAAAACGUGGAAUGAGUGAGAGCAAUUACGAAAAAAUCUGCGAGGUUCCUACCGAUUAUGGAAUCACGUUUACAAAGUACAAGAGCAACAAGACUGGUCUGACGGUUGCGCUCGCGGACAUUGAAGCACCUCUUGUUAAUGGUUAUUUUGCCUUGGCAACGGAAAGCUUUGAUGAUUUUGGAUGCCCACAUACACUGGAACAUCUUGUAUUCUUGGGCAGUGAGCAAUUCCCCUACAAGGGUGUAUUGGAUACACUAGCAAAUCGAGCAAUUGCACAGGGCACGAAUGCAUGGACGGACGUGGAUCACACAUGCUACACCAUCACCACGGCCGGUAGCGAAGGAUUCUUGAAGCUUCUUCCUACUUAUGUCGAUCACAUUUUGUAUCCGACUUUGACGGAUAGUGGAUAUCAUACUGAGGUUCAUCACAUCAAUGGCAAAGGAGAAGACGCAGGGGUUGUAUAUAGUGAAAUGCAGGGCUGCCAAAACUUGGGCGAGGAUCGCAUACAUCUUCGCAUGCGAAGAAUCAUGUUUCCUGAAGGUUGCGGCUAUAGAUCAGAGACGGGUGGAUUGAUGGAACGGUUACGUGAACUUUCAGUGGAAAAAAUUCGUGAAUAUCACAGAAAUUAUUAUCGCCCGGACAACUUGUGCCUCAUUAUCACUGGCACGGUCGACCAUGCAAAAGUUUUAAAGGCACUCGAAGCAGUAGAGGCAAAUAUCAUCAGCAAAGGUCCUUUACCUGCAAUGCAACGGCCAUGGAUCGAAACGGGCAAUUUUCCCAGCUUAGAAAAGGAUAUCGUGGAAACGGUCUUGUUUCCUGAAGAGGAUGAGUCUAUGGGUACUGUUCUGGUCGCAUGGAACGGUCCCAUGUGUCAUGACUAUCUCCAACAAAAAGCCCUUGAGGUGCUCAAUGUUUAUUUGACCGAAUCACCCGUCUCAGUUUUGCAAAAGGAGUUUGUAGAAAUUGAGGAUCCACUUUGCACAGAUGUCGAAUUCCAUGCAACCGAUCAUUUGAAGACAACUAUUAUGCUGACUGUUUCCAGUGUACCGAUCGAAGAAAUGGAAGGUUUCCCGAACCAUCUGUUUGCCACGCUCCAACGUCUUGUAGAACAAAAUGAAAUUGAUAUGAGUCGAAUGAAGAAUAUUAUUGAGAAAGAAAUGCUCAAAUUGUUAGACGAUAUAGAAAGGGAUGCGCACGAUACAGCAGCUGCCAUUUGUAUUUCGGAUUUCCUUUAUGGUGAGCCUGACGGUCGUGAUUUGAAGGAAUCUGUUAAAGAUCAAGAGUUCUUGAACGUAUUAGCCGGUUUUCAAGUGUCUGAUUGGCUCGAUGUACUGAAAAAAUGGUACCUUGAUUCGCCUCACGUGACUAUCCUCGGUAAACCAUCUGCCCAAUUCGCAGAUCAACUAGCUGAAGAAGAGAAAAAACGCAUUCAAAAGCAAAGAACGGAUCUCGGUGAGACAAAGCUGGAAGAAUUACAAAACAAGUUGGAAGAAGCCAUGACCAAAAAUGAUGUCGAGUUGCCCCACGAUAUCCUCGAAAACUUUACCAUUCCUCCAGUGUCGUCAAUCAACUUUAUCAACGUUUUGACGGCUAGAAAUGAUGACGGCUGCACCGUUAAAAUAAACAACGAGAUUCAAGAUUAUGUCAACAAGGAUGCUAGUACCAAAAUACCACUAUUUAUCCAGUUUGAUCAUGUCCAAUCUCGCUUCGUCAAAGUGUCGGCCCAUAUAAGCACUGCAUCAGUUCCAUCGCAUCUUUUGCCUUAUACACGACUUUUGCUCAAGGCUAUCUUCUCGCUCCCUGUUGAACGAGACGGCGAAAUCAUCUCUUAUGAAGAUGUCGUUACCGGACUCAGUGAAGAUACGGUUGAAUAUGACGCCGGUUUGGGCACUAGCAGUGGGUUCCGGGAAUUGCUUGUGUUUACUGUAAAGACAGAGGAGACAAAAUAUCAAAAGGGCAUUCAAUGGUUGCAGGAUAUUCUUUGGAAUACCCAAUUUACUGCUGAACGCUUAAAGAUUGUGGCAUUCCAGAUUCUGAACGACAUUCCUCAAGCCAAGCGAGAUGGACACAGCAUGGCCAGUGCAGCAAUGCGCGCACUUCAAUUCGAUGCUAGCAAGUCUGCGAACGCUGCACGCAACGUGUUGUUCCAAAGCAAUUUCUUGCAAGACGUCGUGCAAAAGUUGGAUAAUGAUCCAAGCUCGGUGAUCAACGAUCUGAGCAUCUAUCGUGAAGCAUUGUGCCAUCCAGAUAAUAUCCGGAUCCAUGUUACUGGCAAUAUCUUGAAGCUCAAUGCUCCUCGAACCUCCUUCGCUCCUAUCUGUUCACGCAUGCAACAUCCACAGCAAGCAUUGGUUCCCGUUACGUUGGCACAAAAUUUGCUUAGCCCUGCUGGUCAAGAACCUGGUCAGAUUGGCGCUGUUGUCAGCUUGCCAUCAAUUGAAAACUCCUUCUCUUUACAAACAGUGAAAGGACCCAGUAACUUUGAAGAUCCAGAUAUUCCGGCUUUGUUGGUGAUGGCAGAACUGCUGGAUACCAUGGAAGGCAUUUUCUGGAAGUUUAUUCGUGGUCAAGGUCUUGCUUAUUCGUGUUUCUUGAGUACUGAUGUUGAGGCUGCGCUUAUCAGCUUUACGAUCUACAAGUCGCCCGAUGUUUCCAAGGCUUUUGCUCAGGCCAAGCUUGUGAUUGAUCAGUUGGCAAACAAUGAGAUGGAGAUUGAGCCAUCUUCAGUAGAUGGCGCAAAGAGCGCUGUGAUUUACAGUCUAGUUGCUCGAGAAAAUACCAUGGAUCGUGCUGCAUUGCAAUCUUUUGUGAACCAAGUAUUAAAACAAGUGCCAGCUAGUUAUAACCGUAACCUACUUUCAGCUAUCCAGGCAACGACAAUGGAGGACUUGCAGCAUGUGUUGAAGAAAUAUUUUGUCAACAUGUUCACGCCAGGCAAAUGUAAUAUCGUGGCUGUCAGUUCCCCAAGCAAAUCUGAGGAGAUCAGAGAUGGUUUUGGCUUGCUUGGUUUCAAGCUUGAGAGCAUGAAUUUAAACGAUUUUUCCAUUUGAAAGAAACAUAACAGCCAUCCCUCUCUCCCUCCCUCUUUUUCUCUUGCUCCAAUCACACACAUUUACUGCAUAAAAAGUAAACAAAUCCUCUCCCCUUACAACAACAACAACACCACCAUCAAUACAAGAAAAAUAGAGAUCUGAUUGUAGUCCCUGUCCCACUCCAUUAUGCGCGCGCAAUUGUGUGCAUGGUUAGCUUUCAGU